AUGGAAGCAGUGGAUGCAUCCCAAUUUGGUGUUGCCUUUGGCACCAAUGCGCCACCACGGGCCGGCUCUCGGACUCAACCACCCCACCACGUUUGGCACCGAGCCUACCAAACCUCAACCAAGUGGGAGUCCUAUCGCGGUGACAGCAAGAAAGGUCUUGACUCCCUCAAAGAAAAUGUCAACUCGGCCCUUGUUCUUCUCCAAGCCGAGCCCUUGCUGCAUAUGGCCACCCUCGAUCUAGAGGGCUGCACCGCCGCUGGUAUCCAGGAUAUUUAUGGCGACAUUUCUUCCGACCUGGACUACCUCAUCUACGUCAACGACAUCAUGGUUGACUGGAUCUUACCGUGCUUGAGAGGUGACCUUGCCUCUCGUUUUCAGCGCGAAACAUCACGCCAACGCAUCGUCUUGGGCGCCUGGUUCAAACAGAUGGGCGCCCUCUUCCUCCAGACCACUCGUCACGACAUUACCCAAGCCUCUCAGGCUCUUCGCGACCAACGCAUCCGCAUGGCCGACGACUUUCCUGUCUACCGCUCCUCCAUCACUGCUGCCGUCGACACCCUUCGCAUUGAGGGCGCCUACUCGGCAACCCUCGUCAUCGCCCAACUGGUUGAUGGCCUGCCUUCGAAACUCAGGGACGUGAUUGCAAACCUGUAUCAACCGUCUUGGGAUUUGGGCAAGUUCUUUGAGGUGGUGACUGCUAACCUGCACAAACUCACGCCUGCUGGUGCCCGCGCCGAACUUAAACAGGGUGCCUUUGCUGUUGAGCAUGGUGGAGGGCGCGGGCACGGGCAUGGCCGUGGACGUGGUCGCGGACGCGGUCGUGGACGUGGUCGUGGACGUGGUCGCCAUGGUAUACACCACGGGCCCCACCCAAAGAGUGAUCGCGUCAAUGCCAACUGUGAAUUUUGUCGCAUCUAUGGCCACGAUGUAUCUCAGUGCCGCAAGAAGCGCGCGUACGAGAAGCACAAUGGCAAGCAGUUUGCGGCCCCCAUCAUCAAAUACCUCGACGACAUUGUACUGAUGGGUCCCGCGGAGGACGUGGCGGCCGACGUCGAGAUUGUUAAGGCUCGUGCAGAGUCUGCUGGCCUUCAUCUGCAGCCCAGUAAGAGCCGCUUCUACAUGCCUCGCCACCAUCCCGCUUCCGUCGCUGCUAUCGAGUCUGCCUUGCCAGAUGCCGUGCACGAGACGGCCAACACGGGCAUGACGGUCCCUGGCCUCUUGCGCGCCUUUGAACGACACUAUGCUCGACCCACUACCCACUGCAUUGUCGACAAGUUCUUCAAGGUGAUUGACAUUGAUGUUGGCCAAGGCAUUGUGCAGGGCAACGAGCUAUCGCCCUUCUUCUUUGCCCUGUACUCCUGUGAGGUCCUGGGUCUCCUCGACGCUACCACUGACUACCGCUGCAAGGUCAUCAAAUACCUCGACGACAUUGUACUGAUGGGUCCCGCGGGGGACGUGGCGGCCGACGUGGAGAUUGUCAAGGCUCGUGCAGAGUCUGCUGGCCUUCAUCUGCAGCCCAGUAAGAGCCGCUUCUACAUGCCUCGCCACCAUUCGGCUUCCAUCACUGCUAUCAAGUCUGUAUUGCCAGAUGCCGUGCGCGAGACGGCCAACACGGGCAUGACGGUCUUGGGAACGCCGAUUGGCCGUCGCGAGUGGAUGAAGAAGCAGCUGAACGACAAGGCAAAGCACAUUGCUGGCAAGCUCAAUGACAUGCUGACGACCGGUGUCUCGCUUCAGGCCCUCCUCACGGCCAUGCAGUACGUGCCUAGCCUCAUCAACCACCUCUACACGCUGCCCCCAAGUCUGACGUCGGGCUUGUCCGAGCUCUUGAACCGUGCUUGCAAGGACACCUUUGUCAAAGCCUUUUUGCCAAGCAGCAAGACACCUCAGCCGCGACUAAGCCGCGAGCACCUGCUGACCUGCCGUCCCAUCAAGCGUCACAACGCCCUUCGCGACGAGAUGGGCCGCCUGCUCAGCCCUCGCUCCUUUGCUCAAGUUGUUGCGGCAAUGCCUGCCGCCGCCACUGCCACAUCUUCAGCCCCUACGACCGAGGAUUUGUCAGCAUCGGUGCCCUCUGAGCCAAAUGGCAGCGGGGAGCAACAACCCUCGCCCGAGUCCGCGAGACAGACACAUCAUUCGAUUCCUAACACACCAUCGGAUUUUUUGACCAUGUCUUCGGACGAAAGCGACUCCCCUCCUCGCUCCACCGCACUCCGCGCGCCCACCCCUAUCGCCCCUCCCGCGCAUGAUGGUGCCGGUGACACAAACGGCAGUGUCACGCCUGAGCCAUUGGUGCAAUCACCUACACCCGCUCAAAUGGUGCUGCCAUAUCCAUCGGGUACACAACAAACCCAUUCCGAUCCCUCUCCGCCCUCUGCUUCACCCCCUGCCACUACCAUUUUGCCCGCUGCCAUUUCACAUCCUGUCGAACACAGUGAGCAUGCAAACUCAGCCCCACUUGGCGAAGUCAGUGAGAAUGAAACACACAAUACAGCGGGCGAACACAGUGAGAGUGAGCAAGAUGUUCUUCUCAGCGAUCCCGCUCCGCCCAUCGCUGCCAACGUGCUGGAUGCCCAGCGCAAGGUCCUGCUGAAGACAUCUGGCCACAGGCAACUCCUCGCCUGCCCAUUUGGGCUUUGCAAAUGCAAGGGGCCCCGCCUUGACCGCAAAGCUUGGGUCAAUCAU